AUGCUGACUGGGAAGCCUGUCCUGAAUCAAUCUGGGACCACUGAGUUUGUGUUCCGUGUCUUCACCACUGUCCCUGAAUUCCAGGCUCUCCUCUUCCUCCUCUUCCUCCUGCUGUAUUUGAUGAUCCUCUGUGGCAAUACAGCCAUUAUCUGGGUGGUGUGCACUCAUAGUGCCUUGCACACGCCCAUGUAUUUCUUUCUCAGUAGUUUGUCUGUCUUGGAAAUCUGCUACACCACAGAUGUGGUGCCCUUGAUGCUUUCUAACGUCUUUGGGGCCCAGAGACCCAUAUCACUGGCUGGUUGUGGGACACAAAUGUUCUUCUUUGUAACUCUAGGAAGCACUGACUGCUUUCUCUUGGCUGUCAUGGCCUAUGACAGGUAUGUGGCCAUCUGCCACCCUCUGCACUACAGCCUCAUCAUGACACAGAAGCUGUGUAUCCAGAUGGUGAUGGGCUCCUUGAGCUUAGCGCUGUUUCUCUCCCUGCAGCUCACUGCCUUAAUUUUCACCUUGCCCUUCUGUGGACAUGACCGGGAAAUCAACCACUUUCUCUGUGAUGUGCCUCCAGUUCUGCGCCUAGCCUGUGCUGACAUUCAUGUGCACCAGGCAGUCCUCUAUGUAGUGGGCAUCCUGGUGCUGACAGUCCCAUUCCUGCUGAUUUGUAUCUCCUAUGUGUUCAUUGCUUCUACAAUUCUUCGCAUGCGCUCUGCCGAGGGUCGCCAGAGGGCCUUCUCUACCUGCUCCUCCCACCUCACUGUGGUCCUGCUGCAGUAUGGCUGCUGUAGCCUCGUAUAUCUGAGGCCCCGCUCCAGCACCUCAGAGGAUGAGGACCGCCAAAUUGCCCUGGUCUACACAUUUGUCACCCCAUUACUCAACCCCCUGAUUUACACCCUUCGGAAUAAAGACGUGAAAGGUGCGCUGAAGAACUCCAUCUUCCAUAAAGCAGUCUGA